UUCCUCUCUCUCUCUCUGGGUUUUUUGGAGCAAAACAGGAGGGAAGCCAAAGCAGCACCAUCCUGAGUGGGAGCCUGAAGCAGAAUUCCCUGCAGGACGUUGGAGUCUUGGAAGUCUGACCUGGGAGUUACUACAGCUGGGAUACUCUGAGGAUCUCCUGUCACCAUGGGAGACGUGGUUUCCUCUCACCUGGAUGAGGGCAGACGGGAGAUGAUCUCAGCUCGGACCAGGGAUGUGAUGACACAGUUUGAGGAUCUGUACGAGAAGCAGUACGCCGUCGCCCUUUUCAAUGCCGUUCGCUUUGAGAUAGAAGGAGGAGGCGGGACGCAACCGCAGCUGCUGCACAGAAAGGAUCCUCUGGCAGGUCGCAGCAUCUUCUCUGGGAAUUUGUUUCAGUACUUGGAGGAGAAUCGGAAGUGGAGGAACCGUUUUGUCUCCGUGCCAAACAGCUACACCAUCGAGCUCCACGAGAGCAAAGCGUCCAGUGACAGAGGGCUGCAUCCGAAGGCUUCCAUUAACUGUGCCGGGUACAAGGCCCUGACGUCCAUGGAGAAGUACAUGGAGCUGGUCAACAGCAGCCUGCCAGGUAUCAAGGCCAAAGCCAGCAGCAAUCCCUUCAUCAAAUGUGCGACUGAGUUCCCCCUGAUCCUCUGGCACCCGUACGCUCGCCAUUACUACUUCUGCGUGGGGACUGAGAAGGAGCAGAAGAAGUGGCACGCCGUGCUGGACGACUGCGUCAGACACAGAAACAACGGUCUACCAGAGGAAAGCACCGUUCAGACGCCUGCCUUCACAGACUCAGUACGACGCUACAGACAAGCCAAAGGACACUACGGCACCUGGGAGAUGAUGUGCGGAGCGCCACCGCAGAUUCUGGCUAAUCUUGUGAUGGAGACUCUCCAUCCGGAGCUCAGAGAUGUGAUCGCUCCUCGUCUGAAGGGGAAGCUGCAGCAGAGGCAGAGGAAUUGGAUGUUGAUUUCCGAUGCCGUGUACAGGCAGGUGCUGACUCAGUGCAGUGGUCAGUAUGCAGCUCUGGCUAACGAAUGCGAGGCCCAAAAACCUUCAUUAGAUGUCAGACUGCGAGGUGAAAUGGACAUGCUCAUCACAUCCAAGGAACACAUCAUCGGCAAGAUAAAAGCUCUCGUGAUGCCGAAAGCAGAGCAGCUCCUCCGCACCAACAUCCAGCCCUACAUCGGCUCCAUCCUGGAGGCCCUGAUGGAGCCCACCAGUCGGGGAUUUUCUGAGGUCAGAGACGUGUUCUUCAAGGAGGUGGUGGAGAUCAGCAAGAACUCCCUUAACGGAGGUGGCAAAGAAAAGCUGGGAGAGCAGCUGGACAGGCUGUCCAUGCUGGCGUUCCACCCGGUGAAGAUGCAGAGCUGCUAUGAGAAGAUGGAUCAUCUGAACCUGGAGGGGCUGCAGCAGAGGUUUGAUGUUUCCAGCCCCUCCGUGUUCGUCAGCAGAGCCCAGAUCCUCAUGAGGGGGCAAAUGGACGAUGCUGUGUACACAUUGGAGCAGCUGCUGCACCAGUCUUUAGAGUCUCAGGGAGAGGAGGACCUCUGCAAAAACAUCCAGAAAUGCCAGGACAGAGUUCUUAAGAAAUAUGAUUACGACAGCAGCACAGUGCGCAAGAAGUUCUUCAGAGAGGCCUUGCUGCAGAUAAUCAUCCCCUACAUGCUGCAGCAGCUCGCACCAUCCUGCUUACCUGAGCUUCCUCGCUUCAAGGAGUUCAUCUUUGAGGACUUGUCCAGUUUCCUGCUGGUAGAGAACAUGUAUGAGGAGGUGGUUCUGCAGUCUGUCUCCAAGGACAUAAUGAUGGCUGUGAAGGAGGCAGCUGUGCAGAGGAGACACAAUCUGUACAGAGACAGCAUCAUUCUGACCAACAGUGACCCCAACCUUCACCUCCUGGAGGACACGCCCCCGGUGGACUGGGGCGAAAAGUUUGGAGCCGACGAUCCUGACGGCUCAGAUGGCAGCGAGGCGGAACAAAAGGGCUUUAGAGGAAGACGUAAGCAGGUGGUGUCAAUGAUCCAAUUGGAGGGUCUGCCUAUACAAUAUGAGUCCUGUCUGGAGGUCCCAGGAGUGGAUCUUAUUCCUGAGGAGGACGGGGAGGACUCGGAGGACCUCGGUCCAUCUGAGGAUCCCAAGUCUCCUGAUAGUGUGGAUCAAAUCAGGGAUCUGAUCAAUCCAGUGGUGGAGGUUGUGCUGCCAGUUCCAGAGGAGAACGUAGAGGACCUCACCAGCGGGACCGAGACGGCCAACGGCACCAUCACCAUGGACGGGCUGCAGGAGCAAGUGAAGCACAUCACCACCGUUGUGGAGGACGGAGACAAGAAAUCCCCGAGAGACAAAUCGUCUCCACGGUCCAUCAUUGAGGAGCUGGUAGGGAGCAGGAAGCAGGAAACUGAGCUCCAGGAAGAGGAAGCCAUCCAGAGAGCCAUUGAAGAAAUGGAGAUGGCGGUGCAGGAGGAGGACAGCGAACCACCGGCAGAAGCUUUAACAUCAGAAUCUGAUUUUGAGUCACAGCCAUUAGCUACAGACUGCAGCUCUCGCAACGACAGCGGCUUCCAGUCCCCAACCAAUGACACUGAGCCGGAGCCGGUCACAAACGGUUCAACCGGUGAGGAGAAACUAACCGACCCGGCGGAUGUGGAACUGCUCCUGGUAUAGAAAACCAGCGCCCGCCCUCAAACUGUAAAAAAUAAAAACCACAAAAGCGUAUAAACUAUUUAUUACUGUGUUUCAGACUUUUAAAUUGAACCAAUCACUGAAAUAAAGACUUAAUUGUAUCAUGCCCAUCAUUUUACAGCCUGUUUUAACCAGCUUUGUUACAAACUGCAUCAAUGUGCCUUAUUGAGGUGUUAUGCGAUCAGCAGGGGGUGCUAUAACUAACAACUCUUUCAUGUUUCCACUGUCUGUAACGCGUUCGCUCAGAGCACUUCUUAUAUUUAUGGUCUUUAACACAAUGAUUGAUUUAAAUAUAUUGAUGUGUUUAUAGUAAAUAAAUGGAUGAAUAAAUCAAAA